GAGAGCGCGGCUGGAGUUAUAUUGAAUUGGGUUGCUCAGGUGUAAAGCCUUAUUCAGGUAGCAGCAGCCAUGACUUCAGAAAAAGUACCAAUCGCCUCCGCGGGGCCGGAGGAUCUUCAGCAGUUCAUGCCACCGGCCUACUCCUCCGUGGCCGUGAAACCCGCGGGCACUGGGUGGCUCCUGAAGGCCGGCAUCGCGGUGCUAAUCGCGGGAGCCAUUCUCCUGCUGUUCGGGGCCAUCGGAGCCUUUUACGUGUGGAACAACAACGAAAGACAUGUGUACAACGUGCACUACAGCAUGAGCAUCAACGGCAAAGUGGAGGAGGGCUCCAUGGAGAUCGACGCGGCGAACAACAUGGAGCGCUUCCGCACGGGCAGCGGCGUGGACGAGGCGGUGGAGGUGCACGACUUCCAGAUUGGGAUCACUGGGAUCCGGUUUGCAGGAGGAGAGAAAUGCUACAUCAAGACCCAAGUGAAGGCCCGCCUCCCAGACGUGGACACCCUCAACAAGGACGCCUUGACCCUUGACCUGGAGGACGAGGUAAUGCCGGCCAAGUUUGAGGAGGACUCCCUGAUCUGGAUUGCGGGCGACACGCCCCUCGCUGACUCCGCCUUCCUCAGCAGCAAGAUCAAGGACUUGUGCGGUGACCUGCCCAUCUUCUGGCUCCGCCCAACCUACACCUCUGGCGGACAGAAGAAGAGGAGUGCCGACGAGGCUCAACGCCGCCGCCGUCGCCAGGCCCCGGGAUUGGAGGAGGAAGAGGACGUGGAGGCGGAGUUUAACCCGGAGAACCCCUACCAUAGAGGCCUGGAGGGCGAGGAGGGCACCAUGACCUUCGACCCCAUGCUGGACCACCUGGGUAUCUGCUGCGCCGAGUGCCGGCGGAGCUACACCCAGUGCCAGCGCGUGUGCGAGCCCCUCGGCGGCUACGAGCCCUGGCCCUACCACUACCGCGGCUGCCGCGUGGUCUGCCGCGCCAUCAUGCCCUGCACCUGGUGGAUGGCCCGCAUCCUGGGCGUGGUCUAACCCGGCCACACCCACACCCCCGGCCGGGUCGAGACCCCUCUGAAGGAGCCCGGAGUGUCGUUUGGGGAAAGGAGGAUUGCAAGGAGAGUGGGAGGGGGAGGGAAAGGAGGCGGGGUUCCGGGGAAACGUCUCCCCCCGGCCCCGCCCAUAGAGUUUACGUGAGCGGGUGGCGCAACAUGGGUUUGAAUGUUUGAUACCAGGUGCCUUAUGAUCUGUCCGCUGUUUUUAAAAGUCUUUACUUGUACAUUUCAACUGUUUUUUUAAUGUGUUGGCUACUCCCUUUUUGUCCAAAACUAUCUGACUCAACCGAAGGGCGUAUUUUUUUUGCCAUUGACACUUACACGUGGGGUCAUAGGUCACAACACACAAUGGGUUACCAACCUUGAGGGGGAGAGUGGGAGAGCGUGCGAGUGGGGUGUCUAUUUCGGUUGAGGUGUCGCUGGCUGCUCAGAGCUUUCCGGAAGCCUGUCCGCUGGGCUGCGCAGUACAGGGAAUCUAGGACGCAACGCGUGUUGCGUGUAGACGGUGCUUCCAUCCGGCCGCAUCACCGCUUAGUGAAUAAUCAAACGCUCGUCUAAUUGAAGAUGAAUAAAAAUUAAUAGCACCGUUUUAUAGACCGCGGGAAAAACAGAGUUAACUUCUUAACAUUCAGUGAACCCAUUAACGAUCCGGCGGGUUCGCGUCCGCGUAGUGAGGUCUGUAAAGCUCCACGGAGCAGAUCCAGGGUAUCUGAAGGUAUUUAUAAUUUAGUUUUUUUUGUCGAUCAUACUUGAUCGACAAAAAAAUACAUUAAUGAUGAAUGAUGCAUUUUCAAACCUGUUUCAUUUUAAACAUAAAUGACUCCAGUGAAAAAGGUCUACUGUCUGCCGUGUGUGAGUGAGCUAGUGUCAUUACCUUCCAGCACACCUAUGAAACAUUUCUCUUUUGCUUCUGUGUAGCCAACUCACACACACACUCUACACAAAUAUACAUACAAAAUAUGUUUUUUUCUAGCAACGUAUAUUUAUCUACAUUAAAGAAACAAUUUGUCAGUGCAAUAUCAAUGAAUAAAGUAUUUCUUUUCUUUUAAAA